CCUGGGGUCUGCCCGCGGCGGCCACAGGACAGAGGCUCCCUGGGCCGCCGGGGUCGGUGCAGGGCCGGAAGCGGGGGGAGAGCGAGAAACCAACUUGGAGAGGAGUGACCUGGGGGCCGGGGGCGGAGUCGUGACGGGGAGGAGAGAGCCAGCCCAGCGAGCGCGGCCCAGGAAGCCCGCGCGCCGCCCACCCAUCCGGCCCAGAGCGCGCGGCCCCGGAGGCAGGCUGGGCCGGGGGCUGCUGGGCCCUCGACCCCCGACCCGCGCUCUGACCUGUAGCCCCCAGUCCGCCUCCAAGAUGAUGAAGAGACAGCUGCACCGCAUGCGGCAGCUGGCCCAGUCGGGCAGUUUGGGACGCACCCCGGAGACUGCCGAGUUCCUGGGAGAGGACCUGCUGCAGGUGGAGCAGCGGCUGGAGCCAGCCAAACGAGCAGCCCACAAUGUCCAGAAGCGGCUGCAGGCCUGCAUGCAGGGCCAGAGUGGAGCCGACAUGGACAAGCGGGUGAAGAAGCUUCCCCUCAUGGCUCUGUCCACUACGAUGGCUGAGAGCUUCAGGGAGCUGGACCCCGACUCCAGCAUGGGGAAAGCCCUGGAGAUGAGCUGUGCCAUCCAGAACCAGCUGGCCCGCAUCCUGGCCGAGUUCGAGAUGACCCUGGAGAGGGACGUCCUGCAGCCGCUCAGCAGGCUGAGCGAGGAAGAGCUGCCCGCCAUCCUCAAGCGCAAGAAGAGCCUGCAGAAGCUGGUGUCCGACUGGAACACGCUCAAGAGCAGGCUCAGCCAGGCAGCCAAGAACUCAGGCAGCGGUCCAGGCCUGGGCCGCGGCCCCGGCAGCCACACCACGGCUGGCAACAAGGUGGAGAUGCUGAAGGAGGAGGAGGAGGAGCUGAAGAGGAAGGUGGAGCAGUGCAAGGACGAGUACUUGGCCGACCUGUACCAUUUCGCCACCAAGGAGGACUCUUACGCCAACUACUUCAUUCACCUGCUGGAGAUCCAGGCUGACUACCAUCGCAGGUCACUGAGCUCACUGGACACAGUCCUGGCUGAGCUGAAGGACAACCAGAACCAAGCAGACCCCUGCCCCUCGAUGACGACCACCCCCUCCUCCAGGGUGUAUGGGGUGCCGCUGCAAAGCCACCUGCAGGAGCUGGGCCGGGACAUCGCCCUGCCCAUCGAGGCCUGCGUCUUGAUGCUGCUUUCUGAGGGCAUGAAGGAAGAGGGCCUCUUCCGUCUGGCCGCUGGAGCCUCAGUGCUGAAGCGCCUCAAGCAGACGAUGGCCUCAGACCCACACAGCCUGGAGGAGUUCUGCUCUGACCCCCACGCAGUGGCAGGUGCCCUCAAGUCCUAUCUGCGGGAGCUGCCAGAGCCCCUGAUGACCUUUGGCCUCUAUGACGAUUGGAUGAGGGCAGCCAGCCUGAAGGAACCCGGGGCCCGGCUGGAGGCCCUGCAGGAGGUAUGCAGCCGCCUGCCCCGAGAGAACCUCGGCAACCUCAGGUAUCUGAUGAAGUUCCUGGCUCAGCUGGCCGAACAGCAGGAGGUGAACAAGAUGACACCCAGCAACAUCGCCAUCGUCCUGGGGCCCAACCUGCUGUGGCCCCCAGAGAGAGAGGGGGACCAGGCCCAGCUGGAUGCAGUCUCGGUGUCUUCCAUCCAGGUGGUGGGCGUCGUGGAGGCGCUGAUUCAGGACGCAGACACCCUCUUCCCUGGAGACAUCAACUUCAACGUGUCAGGCCUCUUCUCGGCCCUCGCUCCCCAGGGCACGGCCAGCAGCAAGCCGGCCUCCGAGGAGUCACCUGGAGGGUCCUCCAUGCCCACUCCAGCUGCCACCCCAGCCCCAGCUGCCACCCCUGUUCCAACUGCCACUCCAGCCCCAGUUCCAGCUGCAGCCCCAGCCCCAGCACUGGCCCCAGCGACUGCCAAAGAAAGGACAGAGUCGGAGGUGCCCCCCAGGUCAGCCUCCCCCAAGGUCAACAGGAGUCUGCCAGAGACAGCUGCUCCAGGGGAGGACGUGGCUCGGAAGAGGCCCCAGGGGAGCCACCAGAAGGAGAGCCUGCCUGCCCCAACGGAUUUCUCAUGUUUUCUUGCCAACAUAUUUUUUGUAAGGCUGGUAAAUAAAUUAUUUUGGACAAAAUUGGAGCAGUUGCCCAAAUGA